UCACAAUGAUUAUUCUUAUAGUGUAAUUUUUUUGCCAUGUAACUUGCAGGAUCAUUAUUGUCUUGAGGACAACCCAGAGUCUUGGGAUUAUGUUAUCCCUAAAAUGGCCAAGCUUAUUCGGGGUUGGAAGAGUGCUCUAAAAAAUAGAUAUUUUACAAAAAUAUCUACUGAUUGGAAGAGGAUCUAUGAGCUUGAUAAGAGAGUUUAUCCAUUUAAUUGGAUGACUCUCAUUAUUGAGUGGGAGGGUGAGAAGAAGAAAAUAUGUGAGACAGCAUCGGUGAAUCGCAAAAUGAAGAUAUACGAUCACUUCUUAGGAUCUACUCCUUAUGCUCGGAUCGAGCAUAAGUAUUUGAGUGAAAACCCGGACGCUUUGACUAUGCCCCCGGCUCUUCUUGCUAGAAGAGCUUAUACACCGCCCCAGGGCUAUGAAAAUGUAGAGGGAAAUGACAAAAAAGUGGAGAAAAUUAAUGAAUUGGUCGCGGCGGUGGAAGCUUCUCAAAACGAGGUCUUGACCCGUGUCAGUCGGUCUUAG